AUGGUGUUCAAGUUGCAUGUGAAGUUGCCUGUUGCUCAAGAAGUGCUUGGUUUUCAUCAUGAACAGCAGUUGUAUUACUUCAUGCUUCCAAAGAAUCACAUCUGCACUUCCAAACUGCGUGCAAUUUUGCUUUCUCCAUACGCAACUGGUUUGAUAGUUAUGCAUGAAGUUAAUAAGAACUCCACCGUCCAUCUUUGCUGGAGCUUCCCCCCCACUACAUACAACCAAUGGCCUAGCACCCCAUCUCAUUGUCACCCUCAUUCGAGCUUUGGAAAUGCUCAUCCUUCUCCAGCAUCAUCAAUAAUAUUCAACCAGACUUGCUUGCUUAUAUAUGACAUCUACCAGUCAUGGGUGCCUCUGAUAGCUUUAGUCCAUCGUAUUCCAGCAGUUCACUUCCAAACUACCGGAGCUACUGCAUCUGCUUUCUUGCUUCGCCUGUUCAAAAAUCGCAAUGUUCAAUUUCCAGCUGCCACAAUUUUUCUGAGGGAGUUUGAAAUGAAGAAGAUGAUAAGUUGUGGGGAAUCCACAUUAAAUGAUGGCAAAGAUAAAGAACGAGUCUUUGAUUGUAUUGAUCUAUCUUCUGAGGUCAUCUUGGUCAAAAGUUGCAAUGACAUCGAGAGUAAGUACAUUGAGUUUCUCUCUGCCUUGGCUAAGAAAAAGACAAUUCCAGUUGGUUCACUUGUUCAGGACCCUAUUGAUGAUGAUGAUAAGAAUUCUAAGAUAAUGCAAUGGCUAAAUGAGAACCUCGAGCCUCAAGCAUGCGGGGAGAAAACAAGUGUUGAAAGAGCACUACCUGAAGGAUAUCUUGACAAAGUGAAAGGGAAGGGAUUAAUAUUGGAGGGAUGGGCUCCUCAGGCCAAGAUUCUAGCCCACCCAAGUAUUGGUGGUUUUGUUUGGAUGCCAAAGGCUGCGGAGAUAGCCAGAACAGUAGUAAUGGAGAACGCUGGAGAAGAUAUCAGGAAGAAAGCAAGAGAAUUGAGUGAAAGAAUUCAGUCGAAUGUGGAGGAAGAAAUCAGCGCUGUGGUGGAGCAGAGAUGGGCUGAACCAAGAACCAGGCUACAAAUUGUAGCCUAUUAG